CUUUGUCUACGUCGGAUGCAAUCAGGCUCAGUUCGUGACUCUGAACUCUGGCGAGUACGAUAAUGACGGACUCUCGCCCCACCUCUCCACGCAACAGUCAACGCAGAGACGUUUCGUUGCCGGCUGCAACCGUCAACCGAGUGGUGUCGUAUCUGAGAAAACGGCCGGCAACGGAGGCUUCGCGAUAAGGUUCAGUGGUAAUCCUAAAAAAUAUGUGCCCCGCGAAGGAUACACCGUGUCCAUCCAAGCUCCGAAAGAAGUCCUCGGCUCUCCUGUGCAGAGGUUCGUUGCUUUCAUGCUCGUAGUUGAAGCAUCCGAUCCCAAUCGCGCCAACACAGAUGCCGGUGCUUUUCAGUUAUUCGGCGAUGCGCUUUCAAAAUUCUCUGAAGAAUGUCCUCAAGCUGUGAUGCAGGCGUCUUCCGUUUCGAAAGCCGAAGUGACGGUUCUGUGGACAGCACCACCAGCUGGAGCUGGCUGCGUAAUUUUCAAAGCUUUUGUGGUAGAAACCGCCGAGAGGUGGUUUAUGGAUGACGGUGACCUCACGAGGGAACUGUGUCCUGAGGAACAGGACAACGAGGAUGAACAGCCACCGCUCCUUGAUGAAUGUUGCGCCUGCGACGAAGCCAAGUACGAAAUGACCUUCGAGGGUCUUUGGUCGCGCUAUACACAUCCCAAGGGUUACCCUGAUAACGAAUGGCUGACCCAUUUCUCGGAUAUCAUCGGAGCGUCACACGCCGCUGACUUCAAAAUGUGGGAAUAUGAAGGAUUCGCUUCGGAAGGUGUCAAGAGCGUCGCAGAGCACGGGGCGACAAAAAAACUCGAGGCUGAACUCAAGGCAAAAUCCGGUAAAAUUCGAACGAUCAUCAAAGCUCGCGGUCUGUGGUACCCGAAUGUCAACGGGAAAACUUUCGCUGUUUUCCGUGUGGACCGGAAGCACCACGUUAUAUCGGUCUUGUCCAUGCUCGGCCCAUCACCCGACUGGCUCGUGGGGGUCAGUUCCCUGGAGCUCUGCUUGAAGAACUGCUCAUGGCUCGCUUCGAAAACCAUGAAUCUUUAUCCGUGGGAUGCGGGCACCAGCGAAGGGGUCCGAUACGUAGAUGAGCAGCGAUCGCCAUCAGUCCCGCAACAACGCAUCCGGAGAAUAACCUCAUCCUUCCCGAAUCAUUUGGACUCACCAUUUUAUGACCCAACCGGGACGCCGAUGAAGCCUGUGGCGAAGUUAACGAUAACUCGUCAGCGACUGUACGAGAAGGUGGCCUGCGAAUUAGAGGACGCGGAACAAGCCGUGACUGAGGAGAAGACCCCUGCCACAGUCACACAAGAAGAAUCAAUCUCUGUGGUGGAGACGGGCAAUUCGAACGGCGGCGAUGAAUGCGCAGUCGGAGAAUGGAGCAACUUCGGGCCCUGUAGCGUGUCAUGCGGCACAGGACUGAAAAUUCGGACACGAGCCUAUAUUCACCGAGAUGUUGCUCUGAUCGCGGGAUGCCGCGCCCAAAUCUUCGACAGCAGCACUUGUGAGCACGAAUGUGCGAGCAUCGUCAUCCCUAAUGGGGUGUCCUGCGAAACGACUCCUUGGUCGGAGUGGGCAGAAUGCGGCGUAACCUGCGGCAAGGGUGUGAGAACCCGGCGUCGAAAAUACAAGCACCACAUAGCCCGCAAAGUCUGCUCGGUCGAACUGAUGGAGAAGGAGCAAUGCGAAGCCCCCGUCGCUCAUUGCGCGCCAGAGAAUAUCGAGCCGAACUGCGCAGUCACCCAAUGGACCGACUAUUCUCCGUGCACGGCAUCGUGUGGAGAAGGAUUUCGUGUGCGGACCAGAGCUUACCUAAACCCGAAGCUGGCUGUCAUCUCGCGGUGCAGCGUCGGUCAACUUCAGAAAACGAUAUGCCGCUCGGAGAAGGUGGAGUGUGCCGACGAGGAGCGUAGGGCGCAAGAGAUCUGCUUCCUGCCGAAAGAUCCUGGACCCUGCCGGGGAACCUUUCAUUAUUUCUACUACGACGUGCAAUUAGGGAAAUGCAUGAAAUUCAUGCACGGCGGCUGCCGGGGGAACAAGAAUCGGUUCCGAACGUUCUCCGAGUGCAAGAAAACGUGUGGCCGCUCAUUGGAACGUAAGUCAUGGGGAGGAGGAAUGCGGGAUCCGGCAGUUCCGUCGAUCGCGUCCCCCACGACAUUCCCGGUGAUGACAACAACAGAUGAUGAUGUGCUUUCCGAAGAAGCUACUUUCUACCCACCUAUGACUGUGACUGUGGUCGAAGAAGUCGUCGACUGCGCGGUUCUGCGUUGGUCUGAGUGGGGAGAAUGCACUAAGACGUGCGGUUACGGUCGACGAGAGCGCAGACGGAGAAUUAAGACGCAUCCCAUGAACGGAGGGAAACCAUGCCCCACAAAACUGGUUCAACGACGCCGCUGUCGAGAGAAUCCGCAGUGCCCUCCGAAGAAAGUUCAUCGUAGCUGAACUCAUAUGGAAUGAAGAAGGGACCCCAGUCCGGCGUUCACGUGUCACUCUUCGGGAACUCAUUCUCUCUCUGUGGCAAGAUCUACUCCGACCAUUAGCUUCCCCGAGCAGCCGGAGACCCGGAAUACGUAAAUCUUCCGUUCAAGCUCAACUCGGUGCCACAACCCUCACAUAUCUGAGUCUCACAUCCGCCUUCUUUUGGACGAAGGAUCCGUAGGUAAAGGGGAAGCUGGAGGGUUGCUCCUCUAUCGCACAAACCGAGUCUGUAAAAUGCCCCCGAGAAUUGUUUAGCCGAGAAAUUCCACCGCAGACUCAUGCUACGAUCGUG